CUGAAGGCAGACGCUUAACGAUUGAGCCACCCAGGCGCCCCCUUAAACUACUUCUUGAGCCAGCUCCCUGGGGACUCUCGCCCACCAGUGGAGGAAGUGGGGCUGCUUGAAAACGGGUAUGGUUUUAUCAGCCAAGACGCCGGGCUAUCACCUUCUGCGGGCUGAGAAACCUUCUGCCGGCCCCCGGCCCCCUCUCUGGGCCUCAGCUGGGAUUCACUAUUUCUGGGGAUGAAAUGCACCCUCAGGCUGGAGUUAGCCAUAACAGCGUUCAGACCCGCAGAGCAAUAAAGGCUAUUUCUCGGGGGCUUAUUGUGACUGGCACCAUUCUAAGCACCUAUCACGGUUCACUCACUGUUUCUACAUUCAAGAUUCUCAUGCAAGCCUUACAACUGCCCAACAAGGUGUUAAUUAUAAUUCCCAUUUUGUAGACGGGAAUACUGAUGCCCAGAAAGGUUACGUCACUCGCCUAACAUCACAAGCAAGUAAACGGCGGAGUUGGGAUCCCAACCCAGGUCUGUAUCACUACAUGGUCGGUUUCUUCUUACUCCCAGUGAGAGCUCUAACCAGCGGGGAAAGCGUAUUUGGGACUCAUUAGCCCUAAUUAGGACUAAUUAAGAGCCUCCUUUAAGAGGGGAAGCCACCUAAGUACAAGACGUCACGAAGGAACACGGUGACAGCAGCCAAGGUGGGCGUGGGAAUCCAACCACGCUCCGGCCAACAGCCGUUUAACAGCACCGCCCCCUGACCCGCCUCACUUCCGCCUUUUAUUUGCAUAUUCAGCGAUCGGACGUCAGGCGUCAGCGUCGACGCGGUGACAUCAGGGAGCGCCCCUGCAGUGCUCCACCCCCGAGCGUACGCACGUACGCACGCACGGAGACGAGCGGGCGGGGGAGGAGAGAGAGAUCGCAGGCGCCCCGCCCAGUCAGCAAGGUUGCGCGUGCCCAGUGCGACCGCCAAGAUGGUGGUGGGCGCGUUCCCUAUGGCGAAGCUGCUAUACCUGGGCAUCCGGCAGGUCAGCAAGCCGCUUGCCAACCGCAUUAAGGAGGCCGCCCGCCGAAGCGAGUUCUUCAAGACCUAUAUCUGUCUCCCGCCGGCUCAGCUGUACCACUGGGUGGAGAUGCGGACCAAGAUGCGCAUCAUGGGCUUCCGGGGCACAGUCAUCAAGCCGCUGAACGAGGACGCGGCCGCCGAGCUGGGCGCCGAGCUGCUGGGCGAGGCCACCAUCUUCGUCGUGGGCGGCGGCUGCCUGGUGCUGGAAUACUGGCGCCACCAGACACACCAGCGUCACAAGGAGGAGGAGCAGCGCGCCGCCUGGGACGCGAUGCGGGACGAGGUGGGCCGCCUGGCGCUGGCGCUGGAGACGCUGCAGGUGCAGAUGCAGGCGGCGCCGGCGCCCAGCGCCCUGGAGGAGCUGCAGGCGCAGAUGCGAGAGGUGCGCGCCCAGCUCUGCGCCCGGGACCCGCAGCCCGCGUCCCCGGCGGUAUCCGCGGCCAAGGUACAGGAGUCUGCUCAGGUCUGAACUUGUCGGUGGUUGUGUGUGCCCCGGUGUGGCCUUCUCCCCGCACCACCCCCGCCUGCGCUGGCCCCGCGGAAGCCACCGGGAUCUUGAUGGCACUUGGAUUCAGUUAGCCUCUGCCGACCCGCCGUACCUUCCGCGGGGGCCAGCCCCCAGCCGGUGAAGCGGUCCCACGAAGCGCCCUCCAGCCCUAGCUCCUCGGUACAGACCACAGUGCUCAGCGCUUCACCCCAACCCCAAACCGCACGGACCUGAGCCGUCCCAGCCAGGAAGACAACAGGCACGCUCUUCUGGCAGGAGGAAAAACGGACUGGACUUGAGCUCAAUCAAGCUGUGACCCCACUCCGCCCCCCAUUUCGGUGAUAAAUGUUACCCUGCCCUGGGACUCAUCCUUUUCCCUGGAACCUCCCCCCCACUCUUUGCUUUGUGAAUCGGCACAGACCAUUGUAAAGAAAUGCAGUGUG